GAAGGGGGCGGGGACGGGGGCGCCCCGGCCUAAGCGGGACUAGGAGGGCGCGCCACCCGCUUCCGCUGCCCGCCGGGGAAUCCCCCGGGCUGGCGCGCAGGGAAGUUCCCGAACGCGCGGGCAUAAAAGGGCAGCCGGCGCCAGCGCGCCACAGCUCUGCCUGCAGCUCGUGGCAGCGGCGCAGCGCUCCAGCCAUGUCGCGCGGCCUCCAGCUUCUGCUCCUGAGCUGCGCCUACAGCCUGGCUCCCGCGACGCCGGAGGUGAAGGUGGCUUGCUCCGAAGAUGUGGACUUGCCCUGCACCGCCCCCUGGGAUCCGCAGGUUCCCUACACGGUCUCCUGGGUCAAGUUAUUGGAGGGCGGUGAAGAGAGGAUGGAGACACCCCAGGAAGACCACCUCAGGGGACAGCACUAUCAUCAGAAGGGGCAAAAUGGUUCUUUCGACGCCCCCAAUGAAAGGCCGUAUUCCCUGAAGAUCCGAAACACUACCAGCUGCAACUCGGGGACAUACAGGUGCACUCUGCAGGACCCGGAUGGGCAGAGAAACCUAAGUGGCAAGGUGAUCUUGAGAGUGACAGGAUGCCCUGCACAGCGUAAAGAAGAGACUUUUAAGAAAUACAGAGCGGAGAUUGUCCUGCUGCUGGCUCUGGUUAUUUUCUACUUAACACUCAUCAUUUUCACUUGUAAGUUUGCACGGCUACAGAGUAUCUUCCCAGAUUUUUCUAAAGCUGGCAUGGAACGAGCUUUUCUCCCAGUUACCUCCCCAAAUAAGCAUUUAGAGCCAGUGACUCCUCACAAGACAGAACUGGUAUGAGCAGGAUUUCUGCAGGUUCUUCUUCCUGAAGCUGAGGCUCAGGGGUGUGCCUGUCUGUCACACUGGAGGAGAGAAGAAUGAGCCUACGCUGAAGAUGGCAUCCUGUGAAGUCCUUCACCUCACUGAAAACAUCUGGAAGUGGAUCCCACCCCAUUUUCUGUGGGCAGGCCUUGAAAACCAUCACAUGACCACAUAGCAUGGGGCCACUGCUGCUUCUCCAUGGCCACCUUUUCAGCGAUGUAUGCAGCUAUCUGGUCAACCUCCUGGACACUUUUUCAGUCAUAUAAAAGCUAUGGUGAGAUGCAGCUGGAAAAGGGUCUUGGGAAAUAUGAAUGCCCCCAGCUGGCCCGUGACAGACUCCUGAGGACAGCUGUCCUCUUCUGCAUCUUGGGGACAUCUCUUUGAAUUUUCUGUGUUUUGCUGUACCAGCCCAGAUGUUUUACGUCUGGGAGAAAUUGACAGAUCAAGCUGUGAGACAGUGGGAAAUAUUUAGCAAAUAAUUUCCUGGUGUGAAGGUCCUGCUAUUACUAAGGAGUAAUCUGUGUACAAAGAAAUAACAAGUCGAUGAACUAUUCCCCAGCAGGGUCUUUUCAUCUGGGAAAGACAUCCAUAAAGAAGCAAUAAAGAAGAGUGCCACAUUUAUUUUUAUAUCUAUAUGUACUUGUCAAAGAAGGUUUGUGUUUUUCUGCUUUUGAAAUCUGUAUCUGUAGUGAGAUAGCAUUGUGAACUGACAGGCAGCCUGGAUAUAGAGAGGGAGAAGAAGUCAGAGAGGGUGACAAGAUAGAGAGCUAUUUAAUGGCCAGCUGGAAAUGCUGGGCUGACGGUGCAGUCUGGGUGCUCGCCCACUUGUCCCACUAUCUGGGUGCAUGAUCUUGAGCAAGUUCCUUCUGGUGUCUGCUUUCUCCAUUGUAAACCACAAGGCUGUUGCAUGGGCUGAUGAAGAUCAUAUAUGUGAAAAUUCUUUGAAAACAUAUAAAGCACUAUACAAAUUCGAAA